AAGUAGAAUGAGGAAAUACAAGGUUGCAAUUGUGUUGUUUUGGACAUUCAUUGUCUCAUCUAUCAAAUUAGAAUUGAAAGUUGAAGCACAAUCAUUAUUUUCAGAAGAAGAAAUCCAAGCCAAAUUGAAACUUCUCAACAAGCCAGCAGUAAAAACCAUCAAGAGCGAAGAUGGAGAUAUAAUUGAUUGCAUUAAUAUCUACAAACAAUCUGCCUUUGACCAUCCUGCAUUAAAAAAUCACACAAUUCAGAGGACACCUAUGUUUUUUCAAGAGUCACAGUACCUAAGCACAAAAUAUGAUUCAGAAGCAAACAUAAAAGUAUUCCAGACAUGGCAAAAAAGAGGAAGUUGUCCAAAAGGAACCAUCCCCCUUCGAAGAAUUCUAAAGAAUGAUUUAAUGAGAGCUGCUUCUCUUAAUCGUUUUGGAUUAAAAUCACCAACAUUGUUUCUCAAUUCAACAAACACUUACCUUAAUUCCAUCAACCUCAAUGGAUCCUAUGCAGUUGUUCCUCAAAGUCGUUCGGGAGCACAUCUUGCAGCAUCGGGAUCCAGUUAUAUAGGUACCCAAGCAAAUAUAAAUGUUUGGAAUCCUAAGAUUGAACUACCAAAUGAUUUCACAACUUCUCAAAUUUGGCUUAAAGCUCCCAAUGGUUUUGAUUUUGAAAGCAUCGAAGCAGGAUGGAUGGUAAAUCCAGAAUUUUAUGGUAACAAUGACACUCGAUUUUUUAGCUAUUGGACUAAAGAUUCAUAUAGAUCAACAGGUUGCUUUGAUCUCACUUGCUCUGGAUUUGUGCAAACAGCCACCAAUGUAGCACUUGGUGCCACAAUAAAACCCAUAUCAUCUACUUCUGGUCAACAAUUUGAAUUCAAUGUUGGAAUAUUCUUGGAUGAGUCAGGAAAUUGGUGGCUUAAAGUGAAUAAUAACAUUCCAAUAGGUUAUUGGCCAGGUGAAUUAUUUGAAACAUUAAAGCAUAGUGCAACAUUGGUUCAAUGGGGUGGAGAAGUGUUUAGUCCACAAGUGAAAAUAUCUCCUCACACAGGAACACAAAUGGGUAGUGGAGAUUUUGCUGAAGGUGGAUUUGGUCAUGCAUGUUUCAUAAGAAAUAUAAGGAUUAAGGAUUAUUCAUUGAUGCUUAAGUAUCCAGAAUCUAUAAAUGCAGCAACUCAAGAACCUUCUUGUUAUAAUGUUCUCAAUGAUGUUCAAAGUGGACAAGACCCCACAUUUUAUUUUGGAGGACCUGGACGAACACCUCCCAAUUGUCCUUGAAUUUUUAUUACAUUAAUAAAAU